GAGUCAAACGAUCAUGUGAGUGUCCAUUUUUAUAGGGGUUUUUGACACUUGCUGACAGGCACUGGUCGAUAAAAUAAUAUUAGUUGUUCGUAAUUUUAUAAAAUAAACGAACAAAAUGGCCUGCAAAUUCUGUGGCCCGAAACUAUCGCUGUGCGGACUCGUUUUGAGUGUUUGGGGUAUUAUACAACUGACCUUGAUGGGCGUCUUCUACUAUAUUGGAGCCGUAGCUCUUCUAGAAGACUUACCUCUUGGAGAAAAUCACCACAGCAUCGAUGAAUUCGUAGCUGAAGUAAAAAGUGGAUACUCUCAGAAUGCAUACAACUGCUGGAUUGCCGCUCUGCUAUAUGUGAUCACACUAGUUGUCUCUGGACAUCAAUUCUGGAUGAACAAUCGCUCCUCAGUUAGCAUGUAAACAUACAAAAUAAUGUAUGGGUAUAUUUCGUUGUUUAUAGCUCCAUUCCAUUCCAUUUGACUAGAAAAAUAAAACACCCAAUUAAAAGGCUAUACGGAUUUAUCAAAUCAUAAAAAUCUACUUGAAUUCAUUCAAAUUUAUUCCAUGUUAUCUAAUAUUAUAUUCUAUUGUGGUAUUUUAUUAUUCUAGACAAAUACUUUUAUUAUAUAGGGCUUGUUUCAAAAUCUAUUUAUUUCAGAAGCUAAAUGGUCUGGCCACCUUUAACUUAUAACCUUGAAUAUCUUUUGUCCAAAAUAUUAGCAGUGUUAAUUGUAAAUUUAGUCAAAAAAGUAAUUGAUAUUGAUAACUAAACUGUAUCCUGUAAAUUAAAUCACUACCUUCACUUAAUAUUUAUUAAGAUGUUCAAUUUAUCAUUUCUACAAUUUUACUGUUUUAUUUUUGUAAAAAAAAAAUAAUAGUUCUGUAAUGUGGCAUUUGAAAAAAUCACACAGCUAUGAAAUUAUAAUGUUGGUGAAAGUGAAAUCGCUAUAAAUUGUACAUAAAAUAACUAAAUGUAAUUAUUGUAGGUACAUUGUAAAAUGGUUCUAUAGUUUUUCUUGAAUUAAAUAUUAAUGUUACAAA